AUGCCCGACCACUCACGCAGCCGUGACCGGUACGGCUCACGCGACCGCGCACGCGAGUCCCGACGAGAACGCGAUCGGGACCGGGAGUACACCCGCGGCCGGGACGAUGAGGGGGAUAUCUCCAGUCCUGGAGCGCGGGGCAAGUAUCGAUUUCGCGGCCAGGAGUCGGGCUACGAGUCGCACGAUGCGGGGGCAGGACGGAAUAGAGAUGGAGGGAGCGAGGAUGAAGAGCGCAGACGGGAGAGGAGGGAGCGCAGGGAGAGACGACGACUGCGCGAGGAAGAACGGGCUUACAAUGAGGCUGUUGAGGAGCGCAGGAGGGAGAGAGAGAUGUCCAAGGCGAAGGAGUCGCCUGCUACGUCACCGGUUAAGAAGCGGGAUCGAGAAAGGGAUCGGGAGGGUUAUAGGAGGGGACGAUAUGAGGAUGAUAGUCGGAGCCCUGCGAGAGAUGUUAGGGAGAGGAGAUACCGGUCUAGAGGCGAUGAUGUUGACAGGGAGAGGGAUGCUGAUACUGAUGCUGAAGCGAGGCGGCAGAGGCGAAGAGAGAGGCAUAGAGAGAAGGAAAGGGAGAGGGAAAGGAGUAUGGAGGCUGCUGCUGUUGCUGCUGCUGCGUCCAAGUCAAGAAGGCAUCAAAGUACCGAAUCGACGAGCAGUGCCUCACAUCUACUGAGUGCUGAUGCGUUGGCCAGAUUGGCAACGGAGAACCAAGAUGCGGAUCAAGCAGAGCGGACUCGAGAUAAAGACGAAGCUAAACGAGAGCGUCGUCGACAAAAGAAGAAAGCUGCUGUGGCUGGUGCUGGUGCUGCUGGUGCCGCGGGGGCUGCUACUCUAGGUGAUGAUAUCGUCGACAGGUCAAGACACAAAUCUGGUACCAGGAUCGUGUCUGGCUCAUACUUGGAGGAAGGCCGAAGUCCUGAGAUGAAGAUGCGUCGGCGUGGAGGUGGUGGUGCUGCUAUGGAAGAUCACUGGAAGGAUGAGGCCAGCUGGGAUGAUAGCUUCCAAGAUGACAAUCGGCAACCACGCUGGAAAUUCUGGGCCAAUUGGUCUAAGAAAACGCGCAUUAUUGUCGGUGCUGUCAUGCUGGUCAUUUUGCUCCUUGUUAUCAUCAUCCCGGUAGCUGUCACAGUAUCGAAGAACAAAAGUAGCGACUCUGGCAGUGGCGGCGGUUCGUCUGGUUCCUCGAGUCCAUCCAAUUCCAAUCUCGAUGGUAUCAGUCGUGAUAGCAUCCCGGCCUAUGCAAAAGGAACGGUGCUUGAUCCCUUUACUUGGUAUGAUACUAACGGCUUCAACGUGACUUUCACCAAUGCCACUGUCGGGGGCCUUCAUCUCAUGGGCCUAAACUCGACGUGGGAUGAUUCUACAAGAGCCAACGACAAUGUUCCUCCGCUCAACGAAAAGUUUCCAUACGGCUCCCAGCCCAUCCGCGGCGUUAAUCUUGGUGGAUGGCUUUCAAUUGAGCCCUUCAUUACGCCAUCUCUAUUCUCAGGCUACUCCAGCACUGACAGUAUAAUUGAUGAGUGGACGCUGACCAAGAAGCUCGGCUCGUCCGCAGCUGAUACCAUCGAAAAGCAUUAUGCAAACUUUCUCUCCGAAUCGGACUUUGCUGAGAUCCAAGAGGCCGGGUUGGACCAUGUACGCAUCCAGUACUCCUACUGGGCAGUGACUACAUAUGAUGGCGAUCCCUACGUUCCAAAAAUUGCCUGGCGUUAUCUUCUCCGUGCGAUCGAAUAUUGUCGCAAGUAUGGGCUACGUGUCAAUCUUGAUCUCCAUGGGAUUCCAGGAAGUCAAAACGGCUGGAACCAUAGCGGUCAUCAAGGCAGUGUAGGAUGGCUGAUGGGAGACGAUGGCGACUUGAAUCGACAGCGAUCUCUCGACAUUCACGAUCAGCUCUCUCAAUUCUUCGCGCAGGAUCGAUACAAGAAUGUUGUGACGAUUUAUGGUUUGGUUAAUGAGCCUUUGAUGCUUUCUAUUCCGACUGAGAAGGUCCUCAACUGGACACAAGAAGCAACAAAACUCGUGCGCAAAAAUGGCAUCGAUGCCACUGUCGUUCUUCACGAUGGGUUUUUAAACCUUGACAAGUGGGAUAAUAUGUUCAAAGACCGCCCGGAUAAUAUGUACCUGGACACUCACCAGUAUACUACCUUUAAUACCGGCGAGAUCGUCCUCAAUCACACAGCCAAAGUGGAAAUUAUUUGCAACAGCUGGUAUAGCAUGCUCCAGGAUAUCAACAGCACCAGUUCAGGAUGGGGUCCGACUAUAUCCGGCGAAUGGUCUCAAGCAGACACCGACUGCGCAAAAUAUGUGAAUAAUGUCGGUCGUGGUACCCGCUGGGAAGGUACCUAUGCCACCGACGACUCAACUGCAUACUGUCCCACGGCCGAUUCGGGAACGACCUGUAGCUGUUCAGGUGCCAAUGCCGAUGUUUCGGACUAUUCAGACAAGUACAAACAGUGGCUUCAAAUGUACGCCGAGGCCCAGAUGUCUGCUUUCGAGACUGCGCAAGGCUGGUUCUAUUGGACAUGGCGUACCGAGUCGGCCGCGCAGUGGAGUUACCGCACAGCCUGGAAGAAUGGUUUCAUGCCCAAAAAAGCAUAUUCGCCUUCCUUCAAGUGCGGAGAUGAUGUGCCUGACUUCUCUGGACUGCCGGAAUACUACUGA